GCUUACUGAGGACCAAGCAACCCUUAGUCCAUAGCUGGAAUAAUUUCAAGCCUACUUUCAUAAAGAAGGAAAAAAGCAACUUGACAGGUUAACUAUAUUUGAGACUCUUCAUAUUUGCCUGUUCAGUGUAAGAAUGCAAGACAGAAGCUGUGGUCAGGCAUUGCCUCUUUCUUUAAUGCUGAAGGAGGCUUACUGUACCGAGAGAAGCACCAAUAAGGGAUAUCCUGAAAAUACGUCAGAAGCUUCGUCCUACCGUGACUUUUUCUAUGAUUCGCUAUCAGACAUAGAGAACAAGGAGUUUUCAAAUGAACUUUCUGCUUUCCUUACCCAGGAGGAGGUACGUAAGAGCCUUGACAUAGCUUGGGAAGCCAUUGCCAGCUCCAUGAAGGAGGAACAGAGGGCAGCACAGGACUUUAGUCAUUAUUUCAACAACUCUUAUUCUUGCACAUCAGAAAAUCCUUCUUUUGGGGAUACCAAACUGCAUGAGCAAGAUGAUUUACAAACAGCUCAAGCAAGCGCGUUGGCUUCAUCUGCUUCAAGUCACAUUCUUCCAGGGAAUCAGAAAGAGCAAUCUACCACACUUCAAACAGCAAGUAGUUUUGCCACAGUUUCCAGGAGGCAAGAAAGCACCUCACCUUUGCUAACUGCUAAUCCCAGCUUUAUUAGAAGCCUGACACAUUUGGAGAAAGAUGGUCCAGGUAUGCCUAAGACAAGACCAAAGCCUGAGUUGGCAUCCCAGGAAGAAAUUCCUUUCAGGAACAAGCUGUGUGACAAAGCUGCCCCAUUUAUAGAGGAACUGUCAUCUCUGUUUAGACAGGCAGCAAAGACAAGAGGCAGAAGUCCUGAUGGGGAGUCUUCUUCUCCAGACAGUGGAUACCUGUCUCCUAAAAAGAAACAACCACCUAUAAGCAACUCAGAAGAGGAUUAA